GUAAACAAACAAAAGUUGAACGUUCGAAAAAAGGUUUUAAUUUUUUAAUUAGAAAAGGUGGUAUAUAAAUUAUUUAAUAAAAUGGAUUACGAUUUUAAAAUGAAAACGCAAAAAGAGCGUACAAAAGUGGAGGAUCUCUUUAACUACGAAGGCUGUAAAGUCGGACGUGGUACGUAUGGCCACGUUUACAAGGCAAAAUGGAAAGAGACCUCAGAUGGCAAGGAAUAUGCUUUAAAGCAGAUAGAUGGUACUGGUUUAUCUAUGUCUGCCUGUCGUGAAAUUGCCUUGCUCAGAGAACUGAAACAUCAAAAUGUUAUCACAUUGAUUAGGGUGUUUUUAUCACACACAGACCGCAAAGUGUUUCUCUUGAUUGAUUAUGCCGAACAUGAUUUGUGGCAUAUUAUUAAAUUUCAUCGUGCUGCUAAGGCAGCUAAAAAACCGGUAGUAGUUCCUAAAGGAAUGGUCAAGAGUUUACUGUAUCAAAUUUUGGAUGGCAUACACUAUUUACACAGUAAUUGGGUACUGCAUCGUGAUUUGAAACCUGCCAAUAUUUUAGUAAUGGGUGAUGGUCCCGAAAGGGGUAGAGUUAAGAUUGCUGAUAUGGGUUUUGCCCGUUUAUUCAAUGCUCCUCUAAAACCUUUGGCCGAUUUGGAUCCUGUGGUAGUAACAUUUUGGUAUCGUGCCCCGGAAUUGCUGUUGGGUGCCCGCCAUUACACCAAAGCUAUUGAUAUAUGGGCCAUUGGCUGCAUAUUUGCCGAGCUGCUGACUUCAGAGCCCAUUUUCCACUGCCGUCAAGAAGAUAUAAAGACUAGUAAUCCCUACCAUCAUGAUCAGUUGGAUCGUAUAUUCAAUGUUAUGGGUUUCCCUCAAGACAAAGAUUGGGAGGACAUAAAGAAAAUGCCUGAACAUCAUACACUUACAAAAGACUUUAAACGUUCCUCGUAUUCCACUUGCUCUUUAGCCAAAUAUAUGGAUCGUCAUAAAAUUAAGCCCGACAGCAAAGCAUUCCACCUAUUGCAAAGACUUCUGCUCAUGGAUCCCAACAAACGUAUUACCUCUGAACAAGCCAUGCAGGAUCCAUACUUCCAAGAAGAUCCUUUGCCCACACAAGAUGUUUUUGCCGGUUGCGCUAUACCAUACCCCAAGCGUGAAUUUCUCACUGAUGAUGAUCAAGAAGAUAAGUCAGAUAAUAAGCGCCAGCAACAACAGCAGCAACAACAGCAACAACAACAGCAGCAGCAGCAACAACAACAGCAGCAACAGCAACAUCAACACGAACCCAAUUCGAAACGUGUACGUCUCUCAGGACCAGUUGGUCCACAACAACCACAACAGGUUCACCAGCAACAGCAAGAUUUUCAUCAUCAACAGCAACAACAAGCGGCUGCAGCAGCCGCUGCUGCUGCUCAGCAACAACAACAACAAGCUGCUGCCCAACAAAUGAUGUUCAACCAACAGCAACAAAAUUUUCAGCAACGUUUUUGAAUUAGGUCUUAAUUUUAUGAAAGCAAAAUAUCUAUUCGAAUUGCAUUUUUUCAUGAAAAUUUCAUGAAUUUUAGUUUAAGGUUGCAAUGAUGUGGGGGUUUAAAUAAAUUGUAUUUUUCUAUUGUAUUAGUUUUAUUAAGUGCUUAAAUGUAGUUGUCUAAUUAAUCAUUUAUGAGAACUUUAAUAUGCAUGUAACAUAUAAACAGCGGUUUUCGAAAUAAAUUAUAUAUUUAAAGUCAUAA